UGGUCCCUUCGACUAAUUUGACCAAUCAAAUUGUCCCAUUUGCGAACUGACUGGAAGAGCAGACCCAAUCCAAAAGGCAACCAAUUCAACCCUGUUUAUCAAAACAAAACAGCAACUUUAAUCUAAACACCUCUUCUAUUUAAAUCCAUUGGCUAAAUUGGCGUGCUGAUCACAAUCUUAAUUUUGAUAUCAAUUAAUUGAUUACAAACUGAUGAUAUCCCGCCCUAUCAAUCUGAAUUCAAAAUUCAGUAGCAAAAUGCAUACUAAAGGUCUCUUGCUGGCGGCAGCAGCUGGAAAAUCGCCAGUUAAAACCAAAACAGACUUCAGCAUAACAAAUCUCCUCACGGCAGAAAUAACCAAACCCCAAAACAAGGACAUCUCAAAGAGAAAAACAGAAAAUCCAACCGACUGGGAAGAUGACAGUGAACAUAAACAAGUCACAAAUAUCAAUGACAACAGUUCCCCGAUAGUCAACGUCUCUUCGGAUACCGAAGAAAUACCUUCUAGAACAUUCCAAAUCCCAUCAUCAAGAACGCCACAGGACAUCAAAGUAAAAGAUCUUCAGACUACAACCAAUGCAUCAAGUUGCAACACAGCAACAAUUUCCAACAGCAGCGAGCAUCAAGACCCACAGAGGCUGAUAGAUAAACAGCUUCAACUUCUAAACACCUCAAACGCCAACAAAAUCAGUCACAGCAGUAACAGAUUAACGGGCAAUAACAGCAGUAUAAGCGACAGUAUAUACAAAAGUCUAUUAGUCCAGACACAACAAAAUCAUUACAAUCAGCAGCAAAUCCAUAGUAAUGGCCUUGGCGGAGGGGGUCACUUCAUGGACCAUCAAGGCCCAGUCACUCCAGCUCACUUUUUACAAUCAGCUACCAUCGGCCCUCCUGUCUCCGGUCCUACCACUUCGCCUAUGUUCAACUCACUUGCUUCCACAUUCUACAAGUCAAUAGGUCUGAAUCCGUUUCUGGGUUGUAUGUUCCCAAUGGCCCAGUCAUGUAGUGCGAUGAGUGGAGUCCCUGGCUUGGGAUUCAACAUGGGAGUGCACCCUGGCGGGGAUCCGAGGAUGAGGAUCUACCGCCGGAGGAAGGCACGUACAGUAUUCAGUGAUGGACAGCUACAUGGUCUGGAGAGGAAGUUUCAACAGCAGCGAUAUCUCUCAACUCCAGAGAGGAUAGAGAUCGCAACGCAGUACAACCUCACCGAAACACAGGCGAGUAGUAUGAGUUGUAACUACCUUCAAAUUGAUCAAACAUGAUCAUACCGAUGGAAAAGUAUUGCUAAUCAAGGGUA